UCUCCCGCGUCGUCCAAAGUAGCUCAGAGGCUUUUCACUGCACCGGAUGAGAAAAACAAAAGCUGAAAAGAAAGGUAAAGAAACUAACGACUUGUAUCGUUUUGGAUUGUAUACCUGUUUCCUCGUUCUGUGGGAAGCUUUUCUUUUACGCGUCCGUGCCAGCGGACAGGACAGGACAGGACAGGACAGGGACGCCGCUGCUUGGCUCCUUAAGAGUGAAUGUUUCUCUCGUGUUGAGUGUGAAAGUUAAAUCCAGGUGAAUGUAUAGCAUGAUGAUGGAAACGGACUUGCAUUCCCCGACACCCCAAACGAACACGAGUGCGGGGCACACGGGCCAAAAUGCUGCGGGAAAACUGAGCCAGGAGCGCGUCAAGCGCCCCAUGAACGCAUUUAUGGUGUGGUCCCGCGGGCAGCGGCGGAAGAUGGCACAGGAGAACCCCAAAAUGCACAAUUCGGAGAUCAGCAAGAGGCUCGGGGCCGAGUGGAAAGUUAUGUCCGAGGCAGAGAAGCGGCCUUUCAUAGACGAGGCGAAACGCCUGCGCGCCAUGCACAUGAAGGAACACCCGGAUUACAAGUACCGGCCGCGUAGAAAGACCAAAACGCUGCUUAAAAAGGACAAAUACUCCCUGGCAGGCGGACUGCUUGCAAGUUCUGCCGGCGGUGGCGGUGUGACUCUUGGGAUGAGCACCGCGCAGAGGUUAGAGAGUCCCGUGGGUCACGGUGGCGGCGCAGGCGCGGCGAGUUACGCACACGUGAACGGCUGGGCAAACGGCGCGUACACAGCAGCCGCCGCCGCAGCCAUGAUGCAGGAGGCGCAGUUAGCCUACGGGCAGCAUGCAAGCGCUGGGGCUCACCAUCACGGUCACCACCCGCAUCACCAUGGACACCACCACCCGCACCAUCAGCACGCCGCCAGCGCGCAGUCCGUGCACCGCUAUGACAUGAGCGCGCUGCAGUACAGCCCCAUGUCGAACUCUCCGAGCUACGUGAGCGCCUCGCCGUCGACCUACGCUGCCAUGCCGUACACGCAGCACCAAAGCUCCGUCUCGGCGGCGGCAGCGGGCGGCGUUGGCACGCUCGGAUCGCUCGUGAAGCCCGAGCCGAGCGGGAGUCCUCCCCUCAGCGCCGCGUCCCGCGCGCCCUGUCCCGGUGACCUGCGCGAGAUGAUCAGCAUGUACUUACCGGCAGCGGAGGCUGGUGACGCGUCUGUACAGAGCAGACUGCACGCGCUGCCACAGCACUACCAGAGCACUGCAGCUGCCAUUAACGGAACCGUCCCGCUGACGCACAUUUAAAGAAAGAAGUAAAAUAAUAAAACUGAACCACAUAUAUUCACAAACAAGUAACCAAAUAUUUACCUCUUUUUAGAUUAUAAAUACCUGCUGUUUUUGUACAGAAUGUUUUGUUGUAAAUUUAAAGGUGAUUAUUAUUUAAGCCUCGGUUCACUGGUACUGUCAUCGCAACAGAAAGUAAUUUUUCCGGUUUGCCUAUUUCAGAUAAGAGCUUUAGGCCAGUAUGUAAUAUGAACAGCGAAAAUGAUACCAGCCUUUACACAAUCUAGAAGAAAACUUGAGGAAACGUAAGAGUUUUCAUUAUUUUAAUGGUUAUUAUUAUUAUUAUUAUUAUUUGUGAAACGCAAGAUUUAAUACACCGAAAACGCCUACUAUAUUUGAAAGGUUAUUUUAUUUGUUCACAACCCGAUUGUUUGGUUUGUAAAGACGUGACUGAGCCUGUGAAUUUAAGAUAUUCUUUUUUGUCGUUGUAAUUUUCAUUCUUGUAAAUUGUGCACAUAUGAU